AUGGCUUUCGUCCACAUUUCGUCAUCGUCGAUUCUUUUCCUCGCGCUAUGGAACUACAGACAAGACGCUGCCCACGGCGUUCCAGCGCGCUAUGUACGUUCACUGCAGCCCCCGGAAGUAUGGACGUCAUCGGGACUGGUGAAGGACCUCUCCCUGGGAGGUCCCGUGGAAGGCCUUCUAAAAGUCGUCUACGGAAGGCGGGUUCAGGUUUCGGUGGUCAUUAACGGCUCUUUGUGGCCCUACGAGGCAUGCCUGAAACCUAAGUCGGUGUCCCUGGACGGUGCCACUGCCACCGAGUGCGUCCCGCCCUUCGCCUUAAUCAUGGUGGACCCGGACGCUCCCACCGUCAACGCUGCUACGGAACGAAGUAGGGUACUCUGGAUGGUGAUCAACGCCAAGAGCGCGACUGAGCUACACAAGGGUGAGCAGGUGAUGCAGUACGAGAGCCCCACUCCGCCACCCGGAACGGGCACGCAUCGAUUCGUGUUCCUGGUCUACUGUCAGCGCGGCAAAACCUUGAACGGCGCUGACGUGAAAGCCGCGAAAAGAACCAAUUUCGACGUGAAGGACUUUGAAAAGAAACUCGGUGUUAUGAUGCCCAUUGGGGGCACCUUCUUUUACGCCAAAAGCCCCCGAAACCAGAAAUAA